UGUUUUCCAAUAUGGCGUCUGGAAUUGUCCCAUAGUUUCUGCCAGUCAUCUCUCAAAUCACGAUUGAGGAUGAAUGGGGAUAACAUUUUCAUUUUGAAAUGGUUGCCUACUAAAGCCUGUAGGCAGCUUUUAGCAUCAGAGAAGAUAAUAACUUUUGGAAUGUUGUGGGACUCCACAUAUGCCACAGCCUCCAUCAACGCUAUUGAUUCCCCGGUAAAGACAGAGGACUGUGAGGGGCAUUUGUAUGAUAGGAGGACACGGUAUCUGGGGAUCCAAAUUGCUGCUCCGACACAGCUAUCAUUGUUCAGUUUUGAAGCAUCAGUGUAUAUUGGAAUCAAGGAGGAGAGAGCUUGGAGUCGAGGGAUGAGCAAGUGAUUUGAUAUGGAACAAGCUCUCAAUACAUAUCGGUCUGCAAGGAGUUGUCUACGGAGAGAUAGGGGUGGAUCUACACACUCCACCUGCAUGCAAUUCUUUGGCGAAGAUUUCAUAGCACCCAGGAUUAUUCGUAGGCAUUUUGCUUGAAUGGCAUCCAACUUUCUGAGUGCUUCUUUAUUGCAAGGUUCUAGGACAAAGGAGCCAUAGUCCAUUUGGCUGCGGAUUAAGGCAUUAUAUACAAGUUUUUGGCAGUAUGGAUGAGCACCCCACCAAACCCCAGAGAGAGAUCGAAGUACAUUAAUACCUCUUUCGCAUUUGCCAACAAUGUGGUUCAAAUGUGGAACACCUGACAUUUUGGAAUCAAAAAGCACUCCCAGAAAUUUUACCAUAUUGCUGGUGGGGAUAAUUUGGUCUUCAUAGCGAAGAAAUACAUUUGGGAUGGAAUGACGGCGUGUGAAAGUAACAGUGCAGCUUUUUGAGGGAGAAAGGGAUAAGCCAUGCUCAUCCAGCCAUUCCUUAAGGUAUACAAGAGCCUCAUUGAGUCUAGCCGUUGCACUGUCCAAAUUAUGGUCCGCAGUAUAAACUACCAAGUCAUCCGCGUAUUGGAGAAUAUUACAGAAUGGGAGAACAGAUUGGUCAAUAUCAAAUGUGUAAAGAUUAUAUAGAAGAGGGCUGAGGACAGAGCCUUGCGGGAGGCCUUGCCAUACUAUACGAGGAGGGAGGAAAGCUUUACCGGAUCUAAUUUUGAUGGUUCUUCCCAUGAAGAGUUUGGAGACAAUAUUAACAAUUCUCACAGGAAUGCUCAGCUGAAGC